GAGAGAGAAAAAGAGAGGUAGAGGGGGUAGGGAGAGAGAGAGACAGAGAGGGGGAAGCUGGUAGACAGAGAAGCCCAGAGGCUGUGGACUAGUGGACCACGUUUAUUUUUUAUGUCAGUCCCAUGUUGACCCACAGAAGGAGCGACCUUACAGAUCACAGUCUCCACCCUCAGAACCCCUCCCACGUGGACCCCGUCACAGCCCAUCCAGGCGUCACCCUGGAGACCAGCUGCUCCCCUGAGGGGCCAGCGGAGGGAGAGUGCUGUAGGAGCUGCACCCCUCCGUCUGCACCCCCUCCUCGGCCCCCUAUGCCCACCAUGGGAGUGACCACCUUGGAAGGCGUGGAGGUCUGCCAGGAUGGGGAGGACUUCUGCCUGACCACAGAAGGAGGGAUGGAGGCGCUUGGUGCCCAGGAGUCAUCGAUGGGCGAGAUGUCACCGCAGAGGAAUAAUGAGAACAGGUUACCUUUCCAGAUCUUCCCAGAACCAGUGGAGGUGUCUCUGAGUCCAGAAGGCUCUCCCAAUCACCUGCAGCAGUUCAGUCCCUCAGAGAAGGAGCGGCUUCCCUCCAUCAUGGUGGAGCCCACGGACAUGAGCGAAGUGGAGAGUGGCGAGUUACGGUGGCCCCCGGAAGACAUGGAAUUCUGUUCUGAGGAGGAUGAUCUGUUCCUGGAGCAGUGUAUCCCCCCAGCCAACAUUGCAGACUGGGGAGAGGAGGAGGAAGAGAAGUCUGUUGUCAUCAACCACCAGCAGAACACAUCACUCAUUGACCUCCAGUCAGAUGCGUUCAGGGAUGAAACACCUAUUCUACCACCUAGCAGCUCACCUGCCCUGAACUGAGUCACCAACCUCACCCCUAAACCCCUGCUAUCUUCCAGAGGAAACCACUCACAGACCAUGGGUCACAGGUCAAUAGGAAACAGAGUCCUGGACAGAAUGGUACCACAGUUCAAAUAUUGUCCAACAAUGAAAGGAGAUAACUUAUUUACAUAACAUUGAAGAUUAAGUUAGGCAGUAGUGUAAUGUUCUAUGCAAAAUGUCAUAAAUAAAACCAAGGACAGCUCUGAGAGAGAAGGGUUAUCUGAAGGAGUUGUGUGAAGAAGAAUAUCUAACACUAUCUAUCAAGAGUGCUUAUUUUAAGAAAAGUACUAACACUCAUCUGUGGAAAGAAGGAAAUAACACUUUGCUGACAUUUGUCAUUUUUUCAUGAAGUCAUUACUUCAUUUAUUAUUUUCCCCUACAUCCAAGGGCCCAACAGUGGUUUUGGAGUACAUUGUAGUCCAUACUAGAGUUAGUAAUUGUAUAAUGUUUACAUAUGUUUAUUGCAUUGUUUAAAUUAUGUGAUUGCCAAGGGAUAUGUAGUAGAGGUCGACCGAUUAUGAUUUUUCAACACCGAUACCAAUUAUUGGAGGACCAAAAAAGCCGAUACCGAUUAAUUGGCCAUUUUCUUUUAUUCGUAAUAAUGACAAUUACAACAAUACUGAAUUAACACUUAUUUUAACUUAAUAAAAUACAUCAAUGAAAUGAAUUUAGCCUCAAGGAAAUAAUGAAACAUGUUCAAUUUGGUUUAAAUAAUGCAAAAACAAAGUGUUGGAGAAGAAAGUAAAAGUGCAAUAUGUGCUAUGUAAGAAAGCUAACAUUUAAGUUCCUUGCUCAGAACAUGAGAACAUAUGAAAGCUGGUGGUUCCUUUUAACAUGGGUCUUCAAUAUUCCCAGGUAAGAAGUUUUAGGUUGUAGUUAUUAUAGGAAUUAUAGGACUAUUUCCCUCUAUACCAUUUGUAUUUCAUUAACCUUUGACUAUUGGAUGUUCUUAUAGGCACUUUAGUAUUGCCAGUGUAACAGUAUAGCUUCCGUCCCUCUCCUCGCUCCUCCCUGGGCUCGAACCAGGAACACAACGACAACAGCCACCAUCGAAGCAGCGUUACUCAUGCAGAGCAAGGGGAACAACUACUAGAAGGCUCAGAGCGAGUGACGUUUGAAACGCUAUUACCGCGCGCUAACUAGCCAGCCAUUUCACUUCAGUUACACCAGCCUCAUCUCGGGAGUUGAUAGGCUUGAAGUCAUAAACAGGGCAAUGCUUGACGCACAACGAAGAGCUGCUGGCAAAACGCACGAAAGUGCUGUUUGAAUGAAUGUUUACGUGCCUGCUUCUGCCUACCACCGCUCAGUCAGAUACUUAGAUACUUGUAUGCUCAGUCAGAUUAUAUGCAACGCAGGACACACUAGAUAAUAUCUAGUAAUAUCAUCAACCAUGUGUUGACUAGUGAUUAUGAUUGAUUGUUUUUUUAUAAGAUAGGUUUAAUGCUAGCUAACAACCUACCUUGGCUUACUGCAUUCGCGUAACCGGCAGUCACCUUGUGGAAUGUAAUGAGAGAGAGGCAGGUCGUUAUAGCGCUGGACUAGUUAACUGUAAAGUGUGCAAGAUUGGAUCACCCGAGCUGACAAGGUGAAAAUCUGUCAUUCUGCCCCUGUACAAGGCAGUUAACCCACUGUUCCUAGGCUGUCAUUGAAAAUAAGAAUGUGUUCUUAAUUGACUUGCCUAGUUAAAUAAAGGCAAUCGGUCGACCUCUAAUAUGUAGCCUGGUACGCCACCCCACGUGUUCCAAAGAGUUGUCAGCCAGGUUAGGGGAUAUGGCACUCCACCCAUAAGGGUUAGACAUACCAACCUGGCUGUGGGCUUUCCCACAAGCGAUACAUUUAUCAGUGUUGGCCUAAACCAAGAAUGGGCAACUCCAGUCCUCAGGGGCCUGAUUGGUGUCACAAUUUUGGGCCAGCCCCAGCUAGCACACGUGACUCCAAUAAUUAACUAAUCAAUUCAUUAAUUAUGUUCUUCAGUUUAGAAUGAAAUUAGUUUAAUCGGCUGUGUUUGCGAGGGAUGGGGAUAAAGUGUGACACCACUCCAGGCGCCGAGGACUAGAGUUACCCAUCCCUGGCCUAAACCUUUCAAACUAAACUCUGGACCUCAAAGCCAGUUCCACUGCUUUUUAAAAAUGGUUCCCCUCUAAUCACUGGCUGAUUUAAACCUGGAACACCAGGUGGGUUCAAUUAAUUAUCAGGUAGAAUAGAAAACCAGCAGGCUCCGGACCUCAUAGUGUAAGAGUUGAAUACCUAUAGACCAGGGUUUCCAAAAUUCAGUCCUGGGCACCCCCCGGGUGCACGUUUUGGGAUUUGCCCUAGCACUACACACACAGUGGUGGAAAAAGUACCCAAAUGUCAUACUUGAGUAAAAGUAAAGAUUCCUUAAUAGAAAAUUACUAAAGAAAAAGUGAAAGUCAUCCAGUAAAAUUCUACUUGAGUAAAAGUCUAAAAGUAUUUGGUUUUAAAUGUACUUAAGUAUCAAAAGUAAAUGUAAUUGCUAAAAUAUACUUGAGUAUUAUAAGUAAUAGCAAGGGGCACACUUCAAUACUCAGACAUAAUUUACAAACAAAGCAUUUGUGUUUAGUGAGUCCAACAGAUCAGAGGCAAUAGGGAUGACCGGGGAUGUUCUCUUGAUAAGUGCAUGUAUUUGACCAUUUUCCUGUCCUGCUAGCCAUUAAAAAUAUACUUUUGGGUGUCAGGGAAAAUGUAUGGAGUAAAAAGUACAUUAUUUUCUUCAGGAAUGUAGUGAAGUAUAAGCAAAAGUAUAAAUAGUAAAGUAAAGUACUGAUACCCCAAAAAACUACUUAGGUAAAAUACUUUAAAGUACUACUUAAGUACUUUACACCACUGACUACACAGCUGAUUCAAAUAAUCAAAGCUUUAUAAUGAGUUGGUUAUUUGAAUCAGCUGUGUAGUGCUAGGGAAAAAAACGAAAUGUGCACCCGGGGGGGGGGACCGAGUUAGGAAAACCUGGGCCUAGACCACACUUUUAUAGGCACCCGAUAGUGGUUGCUAGAUCUGCACUAUUGUCUAGGAUUGAUGUGCAUUCCCGGUAAUACACUUCUGCCCAUCCGUGGACCAACUUGUGCAUGAAGCAUCCACCAUUCAGGCUGUAAAGGCAUCAUUUUCCUACUUAACCAACUUUAAUGGCAAGCCGCUGGAAAAAAACUGGAAAACUAUGCUCUGGCUGAACGCGGUGUGCAACAUUCUAAGUUGUCAAAAAUAGUUAUGGAAUUGUUUUCUUUAUUUAGACAGUACACAUAUUUUUCAGGGCGGCUAACCAUUAAAGCUAGUUGGUUACUUAGGCUAGGGCACCCACAAGAGUAAACACAUGCAAACCCUGAAGGUACUUGUUGAUAUCAAAAGGGAACAACACAGUUAUUGUGUCUGCCUUUGGCAGUUUAAUAUGGAGAUACAGCUAUAUAUUAAACAUAUGUGCAGUACAGGUGCUGUCAUCAUUCUCAACAUGUGUGUAUAGCUUUGGCCUCCCAACAAAUUGUAAAUAUGAAAAAUGUCACGUUUUUUUAAUGUAACAGUACUGUAAUAAGCAUAAGGACUAACAAUAAAGUUGUGAAAUUCAGAUUUA